GUUUCCAACUUAUUUUGGCAUUGAAAGCAGGCGAUAUAAUCAUGAUAAUUAAAACCAUAGUAGUGCAGUGCGAUCUAUUGGCACAGAUAUUUGCCUAUAGCUAUGUGGGAGAAUAUCUGAAAUAUCAAAUUGAAGAAGUUGCACAUGCGAUUUACUGCAGUAAUUGGUAUUCCUUAUCGUUUAAACUGAUGAGAAACACCUUGUUUGUCAUGGUACGAUCACAGGAACCUAUUCAGCUAGCGGCCGGCAACGUUCUUGCCGUAAACAUGGAAACUUUCAUGAGUAUAGUAAAAACUUCUCUUUCGUAUCUGUCCGUGUUACGUGUGAUGGUGGAAACGUAG